CUGAAAACCGAGCUGGAGGCCAAGAAGAAUGUCAUCACAUUCUUAACCAAACACGUCAUCAACCAGCAUGACUUCGAGUACGUCCGUAACCCGGUCAACGCAUGCGUGGAAACGAAAUCAGAAAUCUUGUUCGCAGUACUCUCCGCCCCUGGAAAUUUUAAACUCAGGGAAAGUGUGAGGAACGGGGAUAUUGGCGAGUUUGCGAGAACCACGUCCAACGGCGCAAGAUUGUUGUUUUUCACAGGCGCCUUCCCGUGCAACGAGAACGCGACGAAACUUCAGACGAGACUGAGCGACGAGUACCACAACCACGGAGACAUAGUGCAAGAAGACUUCCUCGAUGUCUUUCAGAACUUUCGUCUGAAGGCCGUGUCAAUGCUGAGAUGGACUCACACCUAUUGCACUGACGUGAAGUACGUCGUUCGCAUGGACGAUAACAUCGUGGUGAACGUUUCUAAUAUCGUCAGAGUGAUGGACGCAAAAAGUCAGCAGUAUCCCAAUUUCGUUGUGGGCAGAAUCAGGACUGACUGGCGGACGUCCCGAAGGAGAAGUAAACCGAUGAGGCGCGAGGAAGAUUAUUCGAGCGCGACAUUUCCGCCGUUCGUUCUCGGUGAGCUCCAGGGCUACCCACCCAGCACGGUCUCGCUGUUGUACCACGCGGCCAUCAGGGCAGAGCCGAUCUUGCUGGAGGACGUCUUCAUCACGGGGAUCUGCGCCACUAGUGUGGACGUCCCUUUACAGAGUGACCCGGACUUCGUGUUUAGACAUAGACACAACAAAAAAUAG